AUGGGCGCGCGCGAGAAAAAGUGCGUGGUGCGGUUCACCGCGACGUGGUGCGCGCCGUGCGCGCGGUUCGCGCCGAAGUUUACGGCGUUGGCGAGAGAAUUCGAUGACGUGGCGUUCGCCACCGUGGACGUGGACGCGUGCGCGGAGGACGCGCUGGAGGCGUUUCACAUUGAAACGGUGCCGACGUGCGUCUUGGUGCGAGAUGGAAGAGAGGUGUGUCGAGUCGUGGGCGUGGCGCAUCAUCGGCCGGCGCGGGCGAUCGCGAGAGCGAUCAAAGAGCAUUUACUAGUCUAG